AUGAAUUUAGCCAAUGAUGAAUAUCGAAUUAACAAACUAAAAGAUAUGAAGGACCUAAGAAUAGCGGAAAAUGAUAGGAGCAAGAGAUACGCAUUUUUUAACGAAUGUACAGAAAAUGACUUGAACGAUAUAGAAAAUGUAGUAAAUAAUAAAUCGAUAAGCGUAGAUACGAAGAUAGAAUUAUUUUAUUCCAAAUUGCAUAGCAAAAUAUUUGACAUUUUUCGAAUCGUGGCAGAUUAUAACUGCUUGUAUAUUAUAAAUGGGGAGGGACUGAUCAUCCACAUCUGUAUGUUGUUAUCUAAAUUUUAUUCCUUCGAAAAUGAAGACGAUGAAAAUAUUCUCUCCUUUAAUAAUUCUCUAAAUAUUAGCAGCGCAAUUUAUUACGUAGAAAAGAUACUAAGCGAUUUAUCUGAAUGUAAUUCAAAUUUUCACAUUUUAUUUUUCAACAUAUUUAAUAUAUUUUUCGAGAAAGAGACGAAAGUUUUUAGGAAUUAUAAUUUAGUAAGGAAUGCUUUUAUCAUUCAUUGUAAGAAAAAUUUGAUUCCAUUUUUUAUUUUUGACAACUGGUACAAUGACAACAAUUACAAUUUUUAUUUGAUAAAGUACAAGCCUCUGUUUAUGUUUGUCGAAGAUAGUUCGUCCUUUUUGUAUGCGUUUAAUAAGUUUUACGUGAGUCCGAUUGGGGAUGAGGCCACGGCGAAUACGUCCGGUGAGAAGGGGGGGGUCCAAGACCAUGUCGGAGAAGCCAGCACCGGGAAGGAUACAAACUACAAGGAAUACAUUGUGAAGAAAAGAAUUUACGACCACUACAAUGAAGAGAUAAGGGAGCUGUCCAUUUGUUUUUACUUUCUCCUGAUCAAUAACAUAUUGAGGGAUAUUAAGUGCGUGUUUUUUUUUAAUUUCGAGUCUGAGAAGAACACCAUAAAUGCGUUUUCUAUAAAUUACAUGGGUAUCAAUUUUAAGAUCUUGGCAAUGUUGAAUGAGGAGGCGUCCGUUCUGUUUGACAGAAAGUUUUAUGGAAGGGAGGCAGCUGAGGGGGGAAAGUUUGAGGGGGCGAAGUCAGACGGGAUGACGAAUCUUCUUAUCACAUCGCAGGAUAUAAAAGAUUACGAUCUGAUGCAUAAGGAAGAGGAAAAGCACAGCGAAGAGGAACAGCAAAUUUUGGAGUCAUUUUCAAAGCGGGUUAGUGAAGAUGGGACAAAUUUGAAAAACGUCGUUCUGGGCCUUUUUUACGAGAGGAGCAAAGCGAUAAAGGGGAUAAAUGAGCAGAAUAGAUGGAACCAUUUUGUGUUCAUCCUGAAGCUCCUUUUUAUGCACAAUUAUUUAAUAGAAAAGUUGAACAUGAAAAAUUUAUGCCUGUAUGAUCAGUGUACGGGAGAUAGUAAGGACAUCGCAAAAGCGGUAAAAAACGCAGCAGAACCGUACGUACGCUUGUAUCUAGAUAUAUACAACUUCGUUUUGAAGACGCUUCAAAAGGAGGUGCAUUGUGAUGCUUUGAAAAGUGCGAGGAACGUCGAUUUGUUAAACUUUUUUAAUGCUUCCAUAGUGCACAAUUUGAUAAAUUUUGUGUGUUUUAAGUUGAGAAAAAAUGUGUACGUCAUCGAACAUGAAGAUUUUUCAUUUGAAGGGAAGAACGUCUUUGAAAGUGCUUUUCAAAAUGUAGUAGGUGAUAAUGGCAUUUCUUUUUUCCCUCUCAGUUUUGCAUUUCUGAAGGAUGAUAUAAACUUUUUGCAAAAACGGGAAGCGAAUGAUUUGGGGAACCAAUCGGAAGAGCCAAGUGAUAGUGGCAGAAACGCGGGGCAGAAAAAGGAAGGAGAACUCAUGAGCAAUGUAGAUAAUGGGCAAAAUGAACUCGCCGCAGGGAAUAAAAAAAACGCAAAUAAUGGGAAUGCUCCCACAAAUGUCAAUUUAAUAAAAAUUAGAAAUGAUUUUAUAGAAACUUUUUUCAGCAUAAAAGAUUUAGUAAAGAAUGACAAGCUGGAGGAGGAUGCAAAAACGGUGUACAUCAAGUUGAACUUAGUAAACAAAUGCGUAGAAUAUGAUAGCGAAUUUUUCGAGUUGUCCGGAUUGUUGCACAUCAGUGAUAGGGAGAGCCUAAUGGAUAUUCUAAAGAGUUACUUCAAAAUAUCGAGAGAUAAUCGGCUCCCAUUGAACAUGAAGGAAAAGGACGAUAAGUACAAAUUAAGGCGCCAACAGAGGGACGAAAAGAGGAAAGCAAUAAUCGCAAAGUACCUAAAUAUCAGUUCGCUACAUCAUCCUAUUGUCAUUUCGGAGAAUCACCCGUGGAUAAAGUUCUACGUUUAUACUAUCGAAAAAUUGUAUAACUAUUUGAAAGAUGAGGAGAAAAGGAAUGGAAUCAAGUUUAGAAUGAAAAGGCUGUUUGAUGGGUCCUCCGAUGGGGAAGAGAACCAGCUGGAGGGGCAAAGCAAAGGGAGUAAGAAAAAAACGAAGAAAAGUAAAAACGACAUAUACGAAAUGUUGGAUGACUCAAAUGAGGAUAGCGAUUUAGAAAAUGAUAUGAAGCACGAAAGGGGGAAUAACAGGGAUGAUAACAGAAAAGGGCGUAACGAAAAGGCAGCUAAAAAGGGUGCCAAAGCGAAUGUAAACACAUUAAGCAGGAAAGAUGAAAUUUUGAAAAAAAAAGAAAUGUCAAAUGAGAAGAAAAUUUACGAAGUAGACUUAGAAAGGUACAACGUGUUAGAAGCCAAGGUAAAUAAACUGCGAAGCAAUAAUAGCUACUCAGACAUGAACACCUGGUCACUGGAUAUCAUUUCCGGAUUUAACAGACUAGUAGAUGUGUACAACUUUAACAACGUUACAAAUUUAAUCAAAAGUGUGGAGCUCCAAAUAAAAAUUAGUAUAAAGGUUUUGAGCAGCAUGUUUGAAAUUAUCAUGUACACGAAGUUAAAGAAUGUGAAGAGCAGCAGGCAAAAGUCGGAUGCAAUCAGAAGCAUUAUGCUGAUCUACAAAUUGACCAACGAAAUUUUUAACAAAUUUAAGGAAAAUUUGAGCGAAAAGGAUAUAGUACAACUACAAACGGUGUUGUUAUCUCUAGGGUUCAAAAAUAGCAGUUAUAAUUUGUUCGAAGAGUACGUAAAAGUAAGGAGGAACCUUUUGAAAUUGUCUGGAGAGGGUGGAGAAGAAGAGGCAGAUGAGGAUAAAGUGGGUUCUGCAAAACAUGGAAAAGGAAAAGGAAAUGAAAAGAGCAAACUGAAAGAUGGUGGAACAUUGAAUGAUAAGAAAAAAGGAGCGCAACAAAGUGGCAACCAAGGCAAAAGCAAGGGGGGCAAGAAAGCGAACGAGAUGGCCGCAGAGAAUGAUGGGAGUAGUACCCAUGGGAGCGGCUCAAAACACGCCAAGAAUAAAGAAAGGGGAAAAGAUGCACACGAUAUUUAUAAAUACAAACUGGAAUCUGUCAAAAAUUAUAGUGAACUAAAAAUUGAUGAGAAGAAAGAACACGAAUUUCAGUUGUAUUAUAUGUACUACUUGUUAGAUAGAACAACCGGUAAUAUAAAGGAUAAGCGAGUGCUCUUCACCCUGGAUACUUGGCAGUAUAAUAUUUUAAAUUUGGUGGAUAGACGAAAGAGCAUUUUAGUUUCCUGCCCCACAAGUAGUGGUAAAACAUUUAUUUGUUACUACGUAAUGGACAAGGUGCUACGAUUAAAUAACGACAGUGUGGUUGUGUAUGUAGCUCCUAACGACACUUUGGCAUUUCAAGUUUAUCAUGAAGUAAAUGGAAGAUUCAGCACCAAGGGUUACUCGAAGUAUGGCGGAAAUAAAUUGUGUUCCUAUAUGACGGACAAAUAUGCAGAGGAAAAUGCGUUAGACGCUCAAAUAGUCAUCGUUUUACCGAGUGUGUUUGAAAAUAUUUUACUUUCGGGGUAUGCUGUAAAUGAUGAAAAUUCAAACUUGAACGUAUCAAAAUUUAUUAGCCGAAUUGAGUACAUCAUUUUUGAUGAAAUCCACUGUAUAGGAGACAAAGAAUUUUAUGGAACGCAAAUAGAGAAUAUUAUCCAUUUGUGUAAUGCCCCCUUUUUGGCCCUAUCCGCAACAAUAGGUAAUAUAAAAUAUUUUUAUUCUUGGUUGCAAAACGUGAUGAUGAAGAAGGGAAAAGGGGAGCAGGACCUGCACUUAAUAAAAUUUUACGAACGGUUUUCGGAUUUAAUUUUGUAUGUGUACACGAACAAUAAUCUGCACCAUUUGAACCCGUUGGCUUGCUUCAAUUUCAGGGACAUUUUGUAUAAGGGGAUCAAUAAAGAUUUUUAUUGUAACCCUAGGGAAAUCUACGAAAUCAUAAUUGUGCUGUUCGAGUUGGCGAGGAAGAACAACUUCUACCACUUGGUGGAAUUUUUAGAACCUUCCUUUUAUUUCCAGUACACGAGGUGUAUAAACAAAAAGCAGUUCAUUUAUUACAUGCACACUGUGAAGGAGACCAUCGUUUACUUGAUUCAAAAUAAGUACAUCUCCAAUUUGGACUAUGACAUGUUCAUACACAUUUUGCUGUCGAAUUAUAUGAAGAACGCUGACUGGGUGAAGGACGAGGGGGGCGACGAAGGGGCAAAGGAUAAAGUGGGUGACGAAGAGGCAUCCAAGAAUGAAUCGAAAGGCACCCCAAGCAGUAGCGCCACGAAGCACCUGUACAGCAACACUGUGAAGGAAGUUGUUCCAAAGCAGCAGCUUUUCCAGGAACUCUACAAAAGUGUUGUACUGGACGAGAAGUACAUACUGAACAAGUCGCACGACUUGGUGAAGUACACCGAAACGGUAAACACAGAACAGGAAUAUCUAGAUAGCAGUAAGUUGAUAGAAUUACUAAAGCAGUUAGAACAGAUUAACUUCCUCCCAUGUAUUGUGUUCAACUUUGAGAGAAAGGAGCUUGAAGAUAUGACUAUAAAUCUGAUUAACGAACUUAUGAAAAGACAACACGAUAAAUAUUACGGAGAUGAAGAAAGGACUUUUAACACCAAGAUGGAAAAUAAAAUGAGACAAGAAAGGUACGAAAAUUUGCUUAAACAGAGAGAAAUAUUGUUAAAAAUGAAGACCGUUUCACGUAAUCAGAGGUUGGAACAAAAUAUGGAUAAGGAAUAUUUGGACAUGCUCAAUGAAGAAGAGAUCCCAGAACCACCAGUCGACGUUUCGGAAGAAUAUGAUGGAGACUUCUACUUCUGCAACAGGAAAGUCUACAUUAACUAUGUUACAGAGAUAGAAGAUUUGAUCAGAGAAGCGGAAAGAGCCAUCGAAGGAAGGAAAUACAAAUCUGUGCUAAUCGAAGGGCUGAAAAGGGGAAUAGGACUACAUUAUGAAGUACUGCCUUACAAAUUUACCAUCAUUGUGGAGUCCCUAUUUCGACUAGGAUAUAUUAAAAUUAUUUUUAGCAAUAAGAAUUUAUCGCUAGGUAUUAAUAUACCUUGUAAAUCUAUCAUUUUUGCUGGACAUACUUUCGAAUUAAAUUCAGUCAUGUUUAAACAAACGUCUGGAAGAGCCGGAAGAAGAGGCUUCGAUUUGUAUGGAAAUAUUAUCAUAUGGAAUAUUAACUUUAAAAAUUUAAGGAGAUUAAUUACGUCCCCUCUGCAGACCCUGUCAGGUUCCUAUGCUGUGAAUUUUACGAAUAUUUGUAGAAGUAUGUUGUUGUACAACUGCUUGAAGAAGAAUAAAGACUUGGAGGAAAUUACCAACAGAAACAAAGCAGUGGUUAAUAAGCCCAUUAAGAAGAAGAAGAAAGAUGAAACCAUGACUGUUGCUGAAAAGGAAGAGAUAUUUGAGAAAAACAGAAGUAUUAACGUAAAUUUUUUUACCCGAAUUAAUGGCAUCCUUAGCGUUUUUUACAAUUCGUUGUAUUAUGUAAAUGCAUUUCAGCAUAGGGGGGAUGGCGACGGGGAUGAUAAAGCCGGUUCGCAUUUUUCGGAACGUGUAACUAUGACGAAGGGGGGUGAAUCAAACCAGCAAAAAUUGCAAAAUGGGGAUGUAGCGGGGAACGAAAUUUCUUCCCCCGCUGAUGCGGUGCACAUGGGGAAUGAGAACCCCGGAAUGGAAACGACUGAAUUGUUAAAUUACCAUCCCAGUGAAUUCGAUCAUCAGAAGGAGAAAAUCAAUGCGCUGAGGAAAUACGUGGAUAGAAAAUACGAAUACAACGACUUAUACUGCGAAUUUUUAGCCAUGAAAAAAGGCAAGAAAAGUGAAGUAAAGGAAGGUGAAAAACACUUAAAGGAAUUGUGCUUCAGAAUUAAAGCCCAUUUCCUAAUGUUUAUAAACAUUUUGGUCGAGAUGGAAGCAAUAGAUGAAGAGUGCAAUAUAAUAAAUAUGACCGAGCUAGCCAUAUUUUUAAAAAAAGAAUGUGACAACAAUUUAGUAUUAACCUAUUUGUUAGUAAAAAAAGUAUUACAUAAUAUUGUUGGAGAUGGCACAUUUUUAGGUUCCUCUGUUGGUAUGAUUCCGCUGCAAAAAGUAAUUGAUCGUGUAACGUUUGAGAAGAAUUAUUCGCGUAAUGUUUUGGUAGACGAUUCUGCUAGAGGGCAAUUCAUUUUGUUAUUUAUACUUUCCCAUUUUAUUAAUAAAAUAAAAGAAAACAAAAUAGCCUUGACGAAGGUGCUAAUAAAUUUCAAUUGUAAAGUUAGAACCAAAUUGGAGUUAUUCAGCUCCACGUAUUUCCCCUUAUUGCACAUUUUGCCAGCCCCUGUCCGAAAGCAUAUAAAGAACAUUGAAAAUGUUUUGUUGAGGUACCUCAUGAAUUACUCCUUGCUGGUUUUAGCAAAAUUAAAUUUGUUGCACAGGAAGAAGACGUACUUACUGCCCUACACCCAGCUGUACAUUUUCGAGCAGCACCCAGCACUCCAUUUGGGGGAGAUAUUUCCGGAGGGACAUUCCGAGUACUUGACCUUUUAUCAGUCGAAGCUCCGCGACUACAAAGUAAGAUCGCCCUUCCUGGCUUCCCUAUACCAGUGCGACAAUUUCGAAACCCUAGAUGAACUGCUUUACACGUCCAUACUGGACUUAGAUAUACGAAAGAACAUGAUUCCAGACAUCGGAGAGGAUUACAUCUCCUUUUUCAAAUUCGAAGAUGAUGUAAUAAAAGAGGAAAAGGUGUGCUUGAAGAAUUCCUACAUUUUGGAUUAUUUUAUUCAUGGCAAAUAUAAUGUACUGAGGAGCAAGAAUGACUUGGGUCAGUAUAGCUGGUACAUAGUGGAUCGAUUUAUCCAGGCACUAAAUAACAUCGAACACUUUUUGCAUGGAGUGAAGAAGGACAGCCUGUUGCUAUCAUCCGACGUUUUUUACACGUACCUGAACACCUUGAAGGACGUUUUGGAGAAGUACUUCAAGUCGAUUAAUUCUGCGCAGGCGCAGAAUGACUAG